UGAUUGUUUCUAUUAGCAAGAAAUCAUUCCUGAUCCAUUGCAUUGUUGUGUUUUAUUUUCUUUGAGACAGGCCAAACGAACCAACCAGGAAAAAACCUCUUUGCUUCUCCCUAGUGUCCCACUCCGAUACUGCACCUUGAAAAUAUUUUCAGAAAUAAAAACGACAAAUAUCAAAUAUCUUGCCACUUAAGACUAGUAACAGCAUAACACCUUAUUGACAACCUAUCAAAAUGACUUUUAAAAGGACCUUUGAGAGUAGCUUUCAAAAAAAACGCAGAAAACGCUACUCAGUUACCCAAGGAUCGCUACUCCCUACGUUGCUCUUACGCUGCUCAUUGAACCUGAAUAGUAACUAGUUACAGCCAACUAUACUAGUUAAAACUACUUAUUGUGCGCUGGAGCGUCUUAAAAGAGUUGAACAACGGGCGACAAGCGGUUGUAAAUGGAACACAACUCGCCAAUGCCGCUAGAAUGGAAAGGCACAACCGUGAGCAUCGGAAACCCCUCAUUUACUUUCUGUUAUUUAAAGUCUAAUUGUAGGGCUGGCCCCGAUCCCAGGAAAUGGAUUUACGUUCUCCACAUCAAAGACAAAAACGCACUCAAAAGAUUUUAUGGGGACGGGAGGCGUAAACCUCGCCCGCCGCUUUCUCUGUGUUUAGAAGAGGGUCAUCCACGCAGGAACCUUCCUGAAGGCGCGCCCUGAGGGCACCUCUCAAAUUCUCCGCUGCCAGGCGCCCCCGCCUGCGCGUGCGCGACCGCCUCACAAACCCUCGUGGGCAAGCGCGCGCGCUCCACGCACCAAAGCCCAGCCGGGCGGGGGAGGGGGCCUUCGUGAGUGACGUUCGGAAAGCGAAACUUUGCAUCGCCUCCCAUAAAGCGGCACCGAGCGGAGCCUGGAAAACGAAAGUGCGCCGGGCUCGCGCCGCUCGUGGGGUGUGCGCCAGCAGAGGCGGCUUUGCAGCAGCAGCAGGAAGGAGAGGAGGUUCCUCCGUCGGAGCCGCGGCUUCGGCAAUUGUUUCGGACUUACUUUGGGGCCAUUAAAAAACCUUCAUCCUGGGUCGCCGAUCCCCCAGAAAGGGCUUUAAGUGCCCUAACUGCAAGAAUUUCCAAAAUGCAUCGCACAAGUUUUGCAGUAACUGUGGGAAUAAGUUGGCUCCUUCUGCCAGCACAAAAAGUGCAAACGAAAGAGAUGCAAACCUGAGUUUGGAGAUGGAGUCUGGGAAAGAACUGAGGAUGGAAAGCUUUUCUUCUUUGGGAUCCUCGGCUGAGCAACAGCCACCCACUGAGGAAGCAGAGAAGGAGUCAGAAGAAUCUCUGCCAGAGGGUCAAGGCUCAUUGUCACAGAGAAAACAGAAGAAGAAGAAGAAAAGGAAGCAUGCAGACUUGGAACGUCAGGACUCUUCAACAACAUCCUUAAGUUCAGUCUCAUCCAGUGUUGAUUAUCCUUCAAGUCUAAAAGUGGCAGGCACAGAAAGCCCACCAAAACAAAGCCAAAAUUCAGAAGCUGAAUUGACCAAAGCAAACACCGAGUCCACUGGUGAGAGCAGGGAUCAGAUUAACAGCAGUCCCUUGAAAAUAAAUCAGAGUGCAGAAAGUGUUGCAGAAAAUCAUGAGGGCAGUAAUGAUAUCAAGCCUGAGUUGGAGCAUGAUAGUAAAAAAAGUACAGAAGAUCAGCAGGCUAGAGGUGCAUCUACAGGGGAGAAAGUGGAGGAGGAGAGCUCCCAAAAGGAUGAUACAGUUUGUGGAAAGACGGGUUCCAACAAGGACUGUGGAAACAGUGCUGUGGCAAAUGACCAGUCUCUGGGAAGUAUCUUGAAUACUCAGACUUUGGUUGGUGCCUUGGCAGAGGGAGUUGCAGAGAACAUAUCUCCAGAUUUUCACUUUGAUGUAGAACCUUCUGAAAAGAGAGAUGCAAAAUUGAGUGCACAAGGCAAGAAACAGGAAAUGAAAGGGACAAAAUCUGAAAUGAAAGACAGUCAGAAAACCAAAGUGGAGGAGGCAGCCAAGCAACAGAGCAGUGCUUCAGUUCCAAAGAACGCAAAGGUAGAGGAAGUAUCUAACGCAGAAAAAGCCAGUGAAAAAGUACAACAAGCAUCAACUCCAAUCCAAUGUUCUGAUCAGGGAAAGAUGUCUUCUGCUGAAAUUAAAAAGAAGCAAACAAAUCAGAGAGCUAAGAAGCAAGGCGUAAACAAAGAAGUUAAACAGAGCCAUAUUGAUUUUGCUGAUCGUAUUAUGGUUUAUUUUCAUGCCAUACUAUCUAAGGACUUCAAGUUUGAUCAUGAGAAGCACAAAAUCUUUAUCAGGGCAGGAAAAAUGUCUGGCUAUGAGGACUGGACGGACAAUAUCUGUGAGCUUACUUGUUCAAAGGAUCUUGGUGAGCAUGGUCACUUUAUUGAAGGCUGUGCUAUUGUUAAUAAGGUCAACAUGGACAGAUCAAUUCCCUACAAAUAUUUAGUUGCACGUGAAAAAGGAGAAGAGUAUGAAUUCAUUUACAAACAUGGAACAAUGGUGAAUCGUCGUUUGUUUAUAGACUCACAUUUCCUAUGUGGUAAAGACUGGCAUCAGUAUGAUGACAUUGUAUGUGCUAAACCUCCUGAGAAUUUGUGGAACACCAUUAAGAACCAUAUGCCAUUUUGGAAAAGUUCAGAGAAAGAUGUUGUGAAAGGAAAAGAACUGGCAGCAAGAGAAAUGCUGGAAAAUCUCUUCAGUAUACUGAACCCUUGGACUCCUGUCAAUGUCAGGAACUUUCUCCAGCAGUUGCGCCAGUUCUACGUAGUGAAUAGUAACCCAAUGGUGCACGAAGGAGGAGGAGCAAAGAAGUGGGAGGAGUUGCACUUUGGAAAGGAGCAGGUGAAGAUGUUAAUGCUGAAUUACUUGAGAAAAGUAGCUCAUGAUCUCCUUAACAAGAACAGUGCAUGUGAGAAUGCAUCAGUUCAAAACAAACUGAGGCUAGCAUUGAUCAUCCUUCUACUAGGACAUACGUAUUAUCUUCCAACAUCAAAAAAAGACUUGAUACAAUUGUGCAUACUUCUUUGUUUGGAGAAGCCACGAAGAGAUUCACUGAAUGAAAUUAAUUCUCUCAAAGAAAUGUUUUCAGAGGUUAAAUGCCUGAGAGAGUGUUUGAUGGUAUUCUGUAAUAGAUGCAUUGAAGAGGAAGUUCAACAGUGGCUGUGGGCAAUCCCUGUUCUUCAUCUCUUUAGUGCUUCUGGUGAUUUUGAAUGUCUUCAAAUGAAUACUCAGCUUGAGUUUGAAGAGAAAUGGGCAGGGUUGGAAGGUUUUCCAUUUAUAAAACUUCGUGAGGAUCAAAUAUGUAACAAAGAUUCAUUACAGCUAAUGAAAGAAAAGAAACAUUUGCUGAAAGGAGACAGAGCGCUGUUCAGAUCCUGGUUUUCUUUGCUGCCUCUACAGUACUUGGUAGAGUUUAUCCCCGACUCUUCUGCUGAUCUGUUGGACUGUCUUGUAGGAACUUUUCAUAGACUGAAGGAUGUCCAAAUCGGAUAUAUGAACACUGAGGCAAUAGAACAUCUACUGAAUGUACUGCUAGAUAUUGCUAAUAAACAAAAAGACAUAUUGAAACAGGAUUGUUGGAGCAGGUCUAUGGCUAUCUCUUUGAAAAUACAUUCUUUGUUGUGCAACAAAACCUAUAUGGAAAGUUACAAGAUACCAGUAACAUCAGCAAAGAUAGUUUCAGACAUUCUCCGACUUGCACCUGUUGUGGUCUCAGGAGAAAAAGAAAUGCAGUGCACUUCAGCGAAUGAAAUGUUCCAAAGACUUUGUCAGGAAACCAGGACAUGGUUUCGAAAAGUUUUCUCACAACGUUUGCUGCAAAAAUAUUCAUACUCAGUUGGGUUUAAUUUUCCAAGUGAACUUCAGGCAUGGGAUCAAUUUUUGAAAGUAGAUUUUCAUAAUGGUGAAUUUACAGAGAAAUGGAAGAAAACUUUAAUUGCAGAUCUGGAAAGCAGAAUCAAACAGGAGCCUCCCAUUGAACGAAUUAGCGUCUAUGGCUCUUGCUACAAGCAAUUUGAAGAACUUGACUGUAUGAUAUGCAAAACUUUUGAGGAUUGCGCAAUGGAUGCUAUUAAUUCAGCUCAUCAGGAAAACCGUAAUCUCCUUGGUCUAAUAUCGACUUAUGACCUCAUGAAGCUGGGCAAACUUGUAUCUGCUGUGAUCACCAAGGCAUGGCCAACUGAUGAGAUGGGGAAGCCCCGGAGAGAUGUGGAAAGUGUGCUAAAUCAUCUGCUUGUUUGGUCAGACAUCAAGCAUGUUUUCACUUUCAAUGGUACGGAUGGCAAUAUUCUGGAUCAACUUACUGAAGAAGCUCAAGAGUUAAUGGCCAUUGCAGAUUCUAUAUAUAUAGAUGUUUCAAAAAAUCUUGAAACAGGCCACAUCCUAGUCAAAUACGUGGACCUAAUUUCAGAGCACAAAAAACAAUUUCUGUCCAUUUGUGAAUGGAAGAGCAAGCAUCUUUUACCUGGGGAGAACACCAACUAUAAGUUGAAACUAGAAAGGGUACUGGAGCGGAGGCGUCAAGAAGCACAGGUUGUAAGGAAAGAGAGACAGCUGUUGGGAGUUCUCUUGGACAUGUGCAGGAAGGUGCAAGAUUAUGUAAAAGUGGAUAUUGAUGAAGUGGAACAGAAGUACAGUGAAGAUCUGGCCUCAAAAGCACUGGAUGAGGUUGUGAAUGUGAAAGAUGCGAUGUCUCAUGGUGAUGGUAAAAUAGAGACCUAUUACCAUCUGAACCCAGACCUGAAGAAGAUUUAUGGAACUGUGGGCUCUUUUAAAGACAGCCAUGUUUUCCAAUAUUGUUGGGAAUGGGCAGCGAAACAGCUGGCAAGCAAAACGGAGGAUCUGAUCAGUGAAGAAGACACGGCCACUUUGAGUCUGGAUGAAGUGCCUCUCCAGUUGUUUGAGCCUUGUCGCUCUGAAUUCCACAGGCUGUACCUUAGACUAAGAUCUGGUGACCUGACGUUUGCUGAGGUGGAUGUGCUUUUCAAAGAUUUUACUAAUCUUUAUGAGGAAUUAAGGAAGGAUUUUCAGAAAAUGUGCAGCCUACAGUCUCAAGAUCGUGGAGAAUGGAUAAAGAAAAGGGUUGAGCAAAUUCAACAAUACCAUGAAUUGCAUUUAGCUGUGGACGCCGCAAAAGUUAUUGACAAAGUCAGGGAAGGUUUGAACCUCUCGGGUGACUUCAGCGUCCUGCAACAUUUAUUGAACUUCACAGUUGAAUUUAAGUCCUUUCAGCAAGAAAAGAUCUCUUCCAUGACUCCUGCACUGAUGCAUGCGAAAAAACUUUUGCAAAACAUCACUGAAUUACGUCGUAGCUGCCUUGAGGAGCUUGCAGUCCGGAGAGAUUUCGUUCUCUGGGUCAAAGAGGCUUUGACAGAUAUAAAUGAGCUUAAGGUGUUUGUGGAUCUGGCUUCUAUCUCUGCGGGAGAGAAUGACAUGGAUGUGGACCGGGUGGCUUGUUUCCAUGAUGCUGUGCUUGGUUACUCUUCCCUGCUGUAUGAGCUAAAGCAGGAAUCAGGAUUUGAGGAGUUCAUGGAGUGUUUGGAGAAACUAUGGAAAGCCCUGGAAAAUGACCGCAACCUCACAAAAAAACUGCGUGAUUCUGCAAGAUACCUGGAAUGGCUAAAAACCAUAAAAGAGAGCCAUGGCUCUGUGGAACUGUCAUCUAUAUCACUGGCAACUACAAUCAAUAAAAAUGGAAUUUACAACAUUAGGGCCCCAUCUGAAGGUGGGAAGGUUUCUUUAGAUUCUGUCUUGUGGCUAUCCAUCCCAGAGAGUCAUGGUGGUCAAUUGGAGACACGGCAGUAUUCUCUGGAAGAGCUCAGAGAAUUGAUGAACAAGCUGAUGCUAAUGUCUGGAAAGGUAGAACAAAGUGCAGAAGUGGACAGGUUUUCAGAGGUAUUUUCUGGUGUCCAAAGACUUGCACUAUCCUUCAUAGACCUUUAUUCUGCUGGAAAUAAGCUCUUCCGAUCUUGGAUGGCUAAUAUAUAUUGCUCACCUCAGAAUGAGUUUUGUAUUGAAAUAGACUUCAAUUUGAAUACUAACUCUUGCCUUCUUGGAAAUGGAGAAGUGACCAAAGUUCUCCCAGAGAUAUGCCGGAAAAUGGAAAGCUUUCUGGAGAGAUGGAACCGCUUCAUAUCUGAAAAGCGAUCUCAGUACUUUUACCUGAAUUACUACACAGCUGAACAGCUUGUAUUUCUGUGUAAGGAGCUUGGUUCAGAGAGCCCCACUGAGGCCGCCCUUAUGAUGCUGUCCUUCGUAAAGCAGGACUGCAGCAAAAAAGAAGCUCAGGUCUCCAGACAGGUGGUAUCUAGAAAACCCAAGAGGAGUUUUGUUGAUCUUUUUGGUGAAGUGGAAAUGGAGAGAGAGUUGACAGCACAGCUGGAAUGUAUCUGGGAGUCCUACAUGGAAAAUAUAGGCUCAUUCCUUCCAGGCUACUUGGACAUUGAAUCCCUUGGCGUUUACCUGAACAGAUUGGCUGAUUUGGAGAGGAGGAGUGUUACAAGAACAUUACCACCAGGUCUUCAUACUGGCAGGCCCAACCUCAUUCUCUGUCCUCGUUCUGAAAUUCUGGCUUCAGCGCUGGCUGUCUACAUGAAUAGUCCUGGGGAGAUGCUACCCUCUUAUGAUGAGGUCCUGCUGUGCACACCUCACACCAGCUUUGAGCAGGUGGCACUGUUUUUGAGAAGGUGCCUCACGCCAGGGUGCAAGGGCAGGAAGAUUUACACCUUGUUGUUUGCAGAUGAAUUAAGCUAUGAUGUUGGCUACAGGUCCGAGGAAUUGUUCCAGAGCCUUCAUUUAAAGCAUAAGGAUGAUUAUUGUCUAGUGAUCCUCUGCAACUGUGAGAGAGAGCACUGCUAUGUCCCUUCUGUCUUCAGUCAAUACAAAGUUCACAUGAUCCCUCACCAGCCGCUAAGUCACAUUCAGAGUUACCUUGGGAAUCAUUAUAGAGUCAUGCAACCUGAUAAUUCCUCUGGUAUCUUCAAGGAUCAGAUGUGCGUUGGCAUUGUAUCUUCCAAAAGAGCUGGCGUAGGAAAAUCUCUCUAUGUAAAGAGGCUGCAUGAGAAAAUGGAAGCAAAAAUGCAGAAGAAGGUGCCGCUGAUAACUAUUCGACUGAUAGAUUCCUGUGUGGAUGAAGGAAAAGUACUGAAGUCUCUCCUUCCAUUUCUACACCAUAAAUACCAGAAGCAGCCAGUGAUAUUUCAUUUUGAUAUCACUUCUUCAGUACAGACUGGAAUUUCAGAAUUUUUGUUCAAGCUGUUAGUUUUACACUACCUGGCAGAUACUGAUGGAAAACUCUGGCUGCGGAACCAGUAUCACUUGUAUGUUGUCGAAAUUCUUGAAGCAUCUCCAUCACAAAAAAACCAAACUAGAUCUAUUUUUCCAGGAAUGAAAUACAACUUCCUUGAUGUAUUCCCUAAAAUAACCUGCAGACCUCCCAAGGAAGUACUAGAAUGGGAAACCCAGGAGAAACCAAAUCAUGGCCCCUCAGACCCAGGCAUAGAUCAAGAAGUGUUCUGCAGUGAAGCUUUUCAGAGACCCUUCCAGUACUUAAGAAGAUUCAGCAGAGGAGUUAGUGUUGACACAUUCCAGUAUAAAAAACACUCAGUUGAAGGGACUCCAGCCGAAUGCCUACAGCUGCUUCUGAUUCAUUGUGGAGUGAUAGAUCCUUCUUGGUCAGAACUGAGGAACUUUGCAUGGUUCCUGAACCUUCAGCUAAGAAAUUGUGAAACCUCAGUAUUCUGUAACCUUGAUUUUAUUCAGGAUACUUUGCAGGGCUUCAAAAACUUUGUGGUUGGUUUUAUGAUUUUAAUGGCAAAGGAUUUUGCAACACCAUCCCUUAACAUUUCUGAUGAGAGCCCUGGGAGGCAGGUUUUUGCCAUGGAAGGAGUCACAGAAGAAGACCUUGCUCCAUUUCGUAUUCGGAAAAAGUGGGAAUCUGAACCACACCCAUAUAUUUUCUUCAAUGAGGACUCUGAAUCCAUGACAUUCAUUGGUUUUCACCUUCACCCCAAUGCUAAUGGUGGUAUUGAUGCUAUCAAUCCUUUGAAUGGACAUGUCAUCAAGAGCAAUGUGAUGACUGCUCAGCUAUACCAAGGACUGGUCCUUCAGAAGGUUCCAUUCAACAUUGAUUUUGAUGCACUACCCAGACAUGAGAAAAUCGAGAAACUUUGCAUGGUUUUAGGAAUUUCUUGGCCAAUUGAUCCUGAUGAAACAUAUGAGCUCACAACAGACAAUAUAUUAAAGAUCCUUGCUAUUGAGAUGAGGUUCAGGUGUGGAAUCCCUGUUGUCCUCAUGGGAGAAACUGGCUGUGGAAAAACAAGGCUUAUAAAAUUCCUCUGUGAACUACGUAGGAGUGGUGCCACUGCUGAUAACAUGAAGCUGGUCAAAGUGCAUGGAGGUACUACAGCAGAUGUAAUCUAUGCCAAAGUCAAGGAAGCACAGGACAUUGCCGUUAAAAAUACACAGUAUUAUAAUUUUGACACAAUCUUAUUUUUUGAUGAAGCCAACACUACUGAAGCGAUCAGCAGUAUCAAGGAAGUCUUGUGUGAUCGCACAGUAGAAGGAAAGCCCUUGACCCAUAAUUCAGGCUUGCAGAUCAUAGCUGCAUGCAACCCUUAUAGAAAGCAUACAAACAGAAUGAUUGAGCGCUUGGAAUCAGCUGGCUUAGGCUACCGUGUUAAAGCAGAGGAAACAAAAGAUAAGCUUGGCUCCAUUCCUCUUAGGCAGCUUGUGUAUCGUGUCCAUGCACUUCCCCCUAGUAUGAUACCAUUAGUGUGGGAUUUUGGGCAGCUGAACAACUUCACUGAAAAACUGUAUAUACAACAGAUUGUGCAAAGACUUACCAGGUCCAUAGAAAUGUCUGGCACUGAAAUUCAGAUGAUAACCGAUGUGCUUUUUGAGUCUCAGAAAUAUAUGAGGAGAAGGAAUGAUGAGUGCAGCUUUAUCAGUCUCAGAGAUGUGGAACGUUGCGUAGAAGUCUUCAAAUGGUUCCACAAUCACAAUGAACUACUAAUGAAACAUCUGGAGAAGUAUUUUGCAGAGAAAGGGGCUACUGAAGAUUUCAUCCCAAGAGACAAAAUUGUUUGGUCCUUAGUUCUGUCAGUUGGUGUUUGCUACCAUGCCUCUCUGGAAAAGAAACAAGGCUACCGAAGAGUAAUCGGCAAAAUCCUUCCAAAGCCAUAUGAUAAUGAAAAGGGAAUUCUUGAAGAAAUUGACUUAGUUCAGGACCUUUUUCUCAGUGGUGCACCUCUGAGGAAAACAAUAGCAAAGAACCUGGCACUGAAGGAAAAUGUUUUCAUGAUGGUUAUCUGCAUUGAACUUAAAAUCCCUUUGUUCCUAAUUGGAAAACCUGGCAGCUCAAAAUCCCUUGCCAAGACCAUUGUGGCUGAUGCCAUGCAAGGCCAUGCAGCAUAUUCUGAACUCUAUAAAGAUUUGAAGCAGAUCCAUUUGGUGUCUUUUCAGUGCAGCCCACACUCUACCCCUGAAGGAAUCAUAAGUACUUUCAAGCAUUGUGCUCGCUUCCAAGAAGGAAAGAACCUGAAGGAGUAUGUCUCUGUUGUAGUGUUAGAUGAAAUUGGCUUGGCUGAAGACUCCCCGAAAAUGCCUCUGAAGACCCUUCACCCACUCCUGGAAGAUGGAUGUGUUGAUGAUGACCCACUCCCUUAUAAAAAAGUGGGCUUUAUCGGGAUAUCUAAUUGGGCUCUGGAUCCAGCCAAGAUGAAUCGGGGUAUCUUUGUCUCUCGUGGGGAUCCCAGCAAGGAGGAACUCAUAGAAAGUGCAAAGGGUAUUUGCUCUUCAGAACGUGCUGUCCUCCAGAAGGUUGAGCGUUUUUUCCGUAUCUUUGCAAAUGCCUAUGGAGAGAUCUGCAAGGCACAAAGUAAGGAAUUCUUUGGGCUGCGUGACUACUACAGCCUCAUAAAAAUGACAUUUGCUUUGACAAAAAAAACUAAAAGAACUCCAGCUCCUCGUGAGAUAGCAGAGGUAAUUCUCCGUAAUUUCAGUGGGAAAACAGAUGUUGAGGCCUUGAACAUUUUUAUGUCUAAGAUCCCAGAGAAAGGAGAUGUAAACUGGGAGGAUGUCAGUACAAUUGAUCUUGUUAAGCAGAACAUUUACAGUGACUACCAAGAUGGUGAAUGCAGGUACCUGCUAGUAUUAACAGAAAAUUAUGCAGCACUUCAGAUUCUCCAGCAGGUUUUUUUCAAAAGUACACAGCAGCCAGAGAUUAUUUUUGGUUCCAGUUUCCCUAAAGACCAGGAAUAUACCCAGAUCUGCAGAAACAUCAAUCGAGUGAAGAUGUGUAUGGAGACUGGGCAGAUGGUAAUUCUUCUCAACCUGCAGAAUCUUUAUGAAAGCCUCUAUGAUGCCCUGAACCAGUAUUAUGUCCAGCUUGCUGGUCAAAAGUAUGUUGACUUGGGUUUGGGGACCCAUCGUGUAAAAUGCAGAGUCCAUCCUAAGUUCCGGUUGAUUGUCAUUGAGGAGAAAGAAGUGGUAUACAAUCAGUUCCCUAUUCCUCUGAUCAACAGGCUUGAAAAACACUGCCUGGAUAUCAAUACUGUGUUAGACAAGUGGCAAAAACAAAUUGUGGAGGAAUUGAAGGCAUGGGUCCAUGACUUCACAGCUGUUGAAACAGAAAAACGGUUCAUGGGCCAGCAGAAGUAUACUCCUUCUGAUGUUUUCGUUGGCUACCAUUCUGACACCUGCGCCUCAGUUGUCCUGCAGGUGACAGAGAAAGUGAAAAUGGAAUGUCAUUCUCAGGAGCUAAUGCAAAAAGUAAAAGAACAGGCCAAACUAGUAUUGCUGAACUGUGCAACGCCAGAUUCUGUAAUCCGUCUUGGCAAUUCACGACUGGGUUCCUUUCAGGCCGAUGACUUGGCUAGAGUUUACUUCCAACAGCACCAACACACUUCUCUUGCAGAUUUCCUCCAUGUCUGCCUUGGCACUGAGCCGUUCGGUCGCACAGUCUUUACUGAGAUCACGACUUUCUCCAGACUCUUGACAGCAGCAGACGCAGAAAUUCUUGAGGCAGAAGUACAAGGCAAAAUCAACAGCCUCCGAGUUCUAUUUUUACAACAGUUUGACACAGAACAUUCAUUUUUAAAAGAAAUUCGAAAUUUUCUUUAUGCAACAUAUGGAAGUAAAAUCCUGAUUAUUCAGACAGACUUUGAAAAUGGAUCUCUCAGUGCUCAACUUGUUGCCUCAGCCAAGUAUUCAGCUGUUAAUGAAAUCAGCAAAAUUGACCUGAGUGAAGCCUCCGUGUUCGUGUUCUUCAUCACUAAGCUGUCGCGAGUGAAAGGAGGAAAUGCCUAUGUGGGAUUUCAUGGAGGGCUGUGGCAGUCUCUGCACAUUGAUGAUCUAAGGAAAUCGAGAGAUAUGGUUUCCGAUGUAACCCUACUGAGAAGCAUCACUAUCAGCCAACUGUUUUCUGAAGACGUGGGAGCCUCUGCAGAGAAACCUACGUCAAUGAUGAUGGAGGGAGCGGAAGAAAAGGAAGAGGAGAUGGAGGUAGAGGUAUCAGCAACACCACGAGAAGGAACAUUGACUAAUGAAGUCUUGGACACCACUAUCCUUAUAAGGAGCUGUGUGCAAAGUGCUGUGGGAAUGCUGAGAGAUCAAAAUGAGGGCGCCAGUCGUAGCACCAAAAGAAUUGAAAUUCUUCUUAGUCUCCUGUGUGAGGAAGAUGACAUGAAAGCCUCCUUCCUGAAGAUAGUCAAGAGUCGCCUGUUAAACCUUUUGAAGAAACAAGAGGACAAUUCAUACAACAUGAAAGAGUGGGUGCUUCGAGAAGCAUUGAAUCUUAAUGCACUUCAGGAAGCAGGAACAUUCAGGCAAACCCUGUGGAAACGGGUUCAAAGUGUUGUGACUCCAUUUCUGGCUUAUAUUGUGUCGGUCAUAGACAGAGACUGCAACAUGAACCUGUUGGACAAUUCAGAGACAGAAUAUUGUGUGAAAGCCCUGUGGAUGUUCAUCUUCAAUGAUCAGAAGCUUCUAAAUAUCCCAUAUGUCGUGGGUCAGAGCAGCUCCCGGACUGAGACAAUUCUGGUGCAAAAUUACUUUGAGGUAUCAGCAGAUGCUGGCAAUAAUAUGCCUUUCAGUUGGAGGAUAAAAGAUUAUUUGGAAGACAUUUGGGUUCAAGCCCAAUACAUCACGGACAAUAAGGGCCCUGCAGAGAAGUUUGUAUACAUUUUUCACCAAACAUCACUAGGGACCUAUAUUGCCAGUCUGUCUGAGGGAGAAAAGGAAGUACUUUUCCACUGUUACCUUACAGAUUUCCUUCUCUUGGCAAUGGGUGUGUCCUCUGGUAGGGAAUUAAUUUUGCAGCAAACGGCACUCUUGUCAUGCAUAGAAGAAAUGAAGGCAUCUUCUCCCACUGCAGACAAGAUGGUGCCACCUCUCCCCUGGAUCCACUUGGCGUACCAUCAGUUCAAGAGUCGGUUGCAAAACUUGUCUAGGAUUCUGGCUGUAUACCCUGACGUAUUUGCUGCUCUUAGUGCAUAUGCUGAGGAGGGAGGGUACAUGCCACAUGACCAAAUGGUACUGGACUUGCUUGCUGCGGUGGCCUGCACUGAAAUGUUGGAAGAAAACAUGUCAAACUUUAGGCCUCAAGGUUGGCUCCAGAAGGUGAAGGAAGUUCAAAUGCCAGUUGAACUUGUUUGCACAGAAAAUUAUUUACAAAGUAGCAGAGACCAGUGCUACCAAUUGCUCCAGAAAGUCAAAAAUCAGUGGAAUCGGAUUUUCUCCAUGUCUCUCUUUGUGGAACAUGUGUUGCUUGGAGCAGAAAAAAUCGUUCCUGAGAUGCAAGAUCUAGUAAAGAACUACGCAUCACAGCUUGGAAAUUGCUUUCAAGGGGGUUCUGAGAUAAAAACUCACAGCACUUUCACUGCAGUGAUGAAAGUAAUUCGCCACUGCAAAGAGGAUAUCAGUUCAGCAUUUUGCAGGUAUGGUCUGAAGCCAUGUCCCAUUUGUUUGGGAGAUCCUGGAAAUCCAGUCAGCCUCCCCUGUGACCACGUGUUCUGCCACACUUGUAUCAAACAGUGGCUCGUGCCUGGACAGAUGUUGUGUCCUCUCUGCCUUUCCAAUCUACCAGAUGACUAUACUCUCACAAUAUCCAAGGAGCUCAGUGUUGCCAUAGAAAGAAAUGCCCAGUUCCGGAAGUUUUGCAACAGUUUCUUCCUAGACCUGGUCUCUACAAUGUGUUUCAAAGACAACGAACCACCGGAAAAUGCUGUGAUUCAGGAGCUGUUGAAUUUGUUGUUUGUUCGUAAGGAAUUUUUGAGAAGCUCUGGUAGCUGCAAUGUACAUACAAAAUCUCUGUCCCCUUUUGACGAUGUGGUGGAUAAGACUCCAGUAAUCCGUUCUGUGGUACUAAAGUUGCUUCUGAAGUACAGCUUUGAUCAUGUGAAAGGCUACCUACAGAAGUAUUUAUCACAAGUAGAGAAAACUUGCCUCCUUGAAAAAGAAGAUAAAAUAGAACUAUACACACUAUUUGUCAACUGCUUUGAGGAUUCUAUGUGGGAGAAAUUAGGAGCUUUGGCUAAAGAAAUCCAGAUAAACCACCUGAAAGAGGAUACACAUUUCCUGACCAGUUAUUCACAGAGGAGGAUGCGUAGCCGACAGACUUCUCAAGAGUCCUCCAUUGAGUUCCUGCAGGGAUUGGCCCGUCUCCGAUUGUGCUUGGAUAGGGCUGCAGAACUCCUCUUUGAACUGCAGGGAAAGUCAGAUGGUAACAGAGAAGAAGAGAAGCAGUCGUACCUGCAAAGUGUGAAACAAUUCUGCUGUCAGGCACAAAAUGAGUGGUAUAGAGUUUACCUUGUCCGAAAACUUACCAACCAGUACGGGAUGGAGUUCACCCAGAGACUUUCCAGUGAACGACAGUAUCAGUGGAUAUUUCCUUCAGAAAUAAUUGAGCAACAACAGGUACACCAGCCUAGUCAGAUUGAUCGAUUCUUGAUACAUGGCAAGAGCUACAGAGAUCUGCGCAAUGCCUUGGGGAAAGCAAUUAUAGAAUGCCACAAAGAGAGUAUUGAGCAAGCCUUGAUGGUAAGACAUUUUAUACUGAACAGCAUAGUGGAUGACAGCUCCACUUCUUGUUUCUUUUUAUUUCAGCAAUGUGACAUUCUUAAGGAAUUUGUCAACAACUCCAAAAUUCUUCCUUCUCCGGAACUGGAAGAAUUUGCAGAUUCUCUCAUGGAUAACACUCUCCUUUCGCUGACCCUGAGCCCCCAGGAUUCCAGUCACAAAGCUGUGGUGAUUGAAAUGGCAAUUCACACAGCAGCUGUGUUGCUGUCUAGGGAGAAUCGAAUCCUGGAACCUUUAAGGAAUCUGGCAUUCAUGCCCAACACCAUGCAGAACGCUUUUCUGCCAACAAUGGCAGAAGACUUGCUAGCUCAGGCUGUGGGCUGGGAGGCAACCGCAGGGCUUCAAUGGUAUACAUGUCCAAAUGGGCACCCCUGCACUAUUGGAGAGUGUGGCCAGCCUAUGGAAACAUCUCGAUGUGUUGACUGUGGUGUUGAAAUAGGAGGCCGUGAUCACAGGCCACUGCCAAAUUUUCAUAAAGAACUGAAAAACAAUAUAAGGGACAGAACACAAACUGGCCAUGUGCUGGGAGACCCUUCAAAAAGAGAAGCCAAGACAGGAUCUGAGAGGAAAAUGUCACCAGCUGUCCUAAUCCUGAUUCGCUUGCUCACUCAUUUGGCUUUAUUUCUGGGAGCCGCCAAAGAUCCCCAGUCCCUAUUGCAGAUCAUAAAGCCACACGUUCAGAAUCCAGUGAGCUUUCUCAUGCAGCAUAUUCAUAAGGACUUGGAGCAACUGAUGAAUACUCUUGGGAAGAGUGCUGAUGAAACCACAAAUGUCAUCCAUCUCAUUCUGUGCAGUCUUCUCAAAGAUCCUGCAGGCCACUGGCCUGUGGGCUUUGAUGGCCAACUUUCCACCAAAGAAUACAGAAACAAAUGGGAAGAAAUUGUUGCUCAAUCCAUUGUUCUUCCUCAGCUAGAGCUUCUGGAUAAAUCCCUCCUGGAACUGAAUCAACAAAUCAGCCAGGAUGAGAGAAUCUCUUCCAACCCAAUUGUGAAAAUUGUAUAUGGGGACCCUGCACUCUUCCUGUCUAGACUGCCCCCAGACAGCUUAGUGCAUUGCUCCAGGAUGUGGAGUUGCAGAAAGAGGAUUUCAGUUGAGUACCUGGGCCAUGUGGUCCAGCAAAAAGGCGGCAAAGAUACCGUACCUGUCCUGUGGAAGUUUCUGCAAAAGGAAGCUGAACUCAGGCUGGUGAAGUUUUUGCCUGAUAUUUUGGCCCUGCAGAAGGACUUGGUAAAGAAGUUCCAGAAUAUUUCGGAGGUAGAACAUCACACCAUCAAAGAUUUUGUUAACAGCCUGCCUGAAGGAGGCCUGAGACAUCUGACUGUAAAGAGAGUAAACAUAUUUCUGGACGUGUGGAACAAACUGAAAUCAUCCUUGGAAAACAAUGGUGAAAUCAAACUGCCCAGAGGGUAUUGUGAUGACGACCUCUCUCUGGCGACUGAGUUUGAGGUCCUUCUGCCUCGCCGGCGAGGUCUUGGCCUGUGCUCCACAGCCUUGGCCAGUUACCUCAUCAGCCUCCACAAUGACUUUGUCUAUACCAUAUUAAACUACACAACAGAGGCCAAAAGAUAUUCUGUCAGCCCUACAGAAGUGGCCGAUCUCCAUGUGAUCACAUAUGAGGUGGAGAGGGACUUGAUCCCACUGAUUCUAUCCAACUGCCAGUACAGUGUAGAGAAAGGAAGGGAGGCUCUUCAGGAAUUGGACUUGGAAAAAAUCCAGCAGCAAGUCAUCAACCGAUUCCUACAAGGGAAACCCUUAAUCACCUUGACGGGCAUUCCCACUCUGGUGUAUAGGCACGAUCGGAAUUAUGAGCAUAUCUUCAAAGAUAUCAAGAACAAUCUGGACCAGACCUCCCUUCCAAAUUCCACAAUUAGCAUGAUCAGUGGGGAAUUGCACUCUUACAGCGACAUCUGUGAAGCUCUGUAUGUCACUGAAAUCACUUUAGGAUUCCUGGCUAUGGCUGGUGGGGAGCCUGAGGUGACUUUGGCUAAAUAUGUUGAAGAUACUCUGAAAAUGGGCAGCCAGACAAGUGCUCAUAUACUCAAGGUGUUGAGUCGAUGUCACCUGAAGCACACCACUGCAUUGUGGCAGCUCCUUUCUAGCCAUAAAUCUGAACAUCUGCUGCAUCUGAAGAGGGAUCCCUUUGCAGACGUCAUGGCAGCUUACAAAGAGGAGCUAACUCCAGAACACACCAGACUCCUCAAUGCAUUCCUCAUCCAAGGUGGACUGGAAUCCUUCCUCCAGGAAUUGCACGAAAUGAUCAUUCUGAAGCUGAAACCUGCCCAGGCUGGGGAAGAGUUCAACCCCACAUGGAGCCUUAAAGAUACUCUUAUUUCAUAUCUGGAGAGGAAAGAGAGCCAUGUGCCGGAGGAAUUAGAGGAUGCCUUCCCCGAUGAGAUCCAGCUCUCCCAGUGCGUUGCUGCUUGGAAAGUCGCUGCUGCUCUUAAAUGGGAUCAGAGGCUUCCUUAAUGUCACCCAGAGAUUACCAGAGGCUGCCUUUCUUCUCUUCUCCUCCUCUAAAAACUUUAUUGAGGAGCAAAGCCUUGGAUCUAUGCCUUGUUUUUCUUGCACUGACAAAAACAAACUAUGGCACCAAAAAGAUUAACUCAAGGAUACCUUGUCAUUGCACUAUAUUAAGAAUAAACCGUCAUGCACAAACAGUACUUCUGCCUUAGAAAAUGAAGGAUUUUUUUCUGAAGAAGCCAAGAUACUGCUUUUUCCCCCUAGAAAAUGCAACUAUUUUUCCUUCCCUCAAGCUUGAUAGACCUCCUACCAAAGCGGCCUUUCUCUAUCAGUGGAAGUAUUUUGUUUUAACACUGUUUAUCUGUUUCACUGCAUCAGUGCACCUGAACAAGGUGUGUUUAUGCUUAAUAAAGCAAUCUGCUCAGGUGGGUGUCUUCAAACAUACCAGUAACUUGCCAUUUAAACAUAAACAGGUGUAGUAGGCAGAUGCCCUUGUCCAGGCUGUUUUCCUUAAGGCAAAACACAUCAAUACUGCCCCAGAGUGUCUCCUUGCGGGCACUCUCCACCCCAUGCUCUCUCAGUGGUACUCAAACGAAGAUUCGCGUGAUGCAGGCUAUGCCCACCAGUACCUAGAAGAGGUCGGGCAAUGGAGAUAACAUACUUACAGAAUCAUUUUCCUUAUUUAAACUCCAGACCUUAAAUCGUACUGGUUGACACUAAUCAUGUAUUUAAGGAGGAAAAAAAUGAUGUGCAUUACAUUCGUUGAGCAACCAAGGAAGCAGCAACAUGUGUUAGAUUUAUAGAACCAAAUAGCAGUUCCUUCAGACAAUAACAUUUAAUUUCACUUAGAACCAUUGUGUUGAUCUAGUGACUGAAUACCAGCACAUUCACUAGCUUCUGAAGGAACAGCACUGUGUUUUAAAGAUGGAAGGAAAAGAACCACUUUAAACCAGUGUACAUCCGGUGCAGCAAAUGUGAAGGAAUACACCAUUCUUUUCCUGUUUGGAAACCACAGAGAUAUAUAGUGACAUUUUAAAAUAUGUUAACCAAAAUAAAUUUUAUAUAACUUCUCUCUCAGGGUAAAGGCAAUGCAGAGUCUACAACUCUCAGCUGUUGCUAAAAAUGACUUUGACUAGCCAUGUUUUCCUGCUGCUGUGCUUUCUAUGUGCUUUAUAAGUAACAAGUGUAGUGGUAUGAAUCAUUUCACAUCCACUUACACUGUUCUGAAGGGCUGGGGAAAGAUGUUUUUCUUGUUUCUGUUUCUUGUGUUUAUUUUCCCCCCUGCAGUCUAUUGGCAGUCCCUUUUUGGUAUCAACUUAGCUUACAAGUCUGUUAUAAAUUUUUAGCAUUUUUACAUUGUACCCAGAAAGUUAUACUUUUGGACCAACGUCACCUACCAUGCUCACAGAACUUGGAAAAUAAAGGGAUCAGACAGAUUGUGUGAGCAGGGACCAUACUUUUCCUUGGAAAGUAGUCUGUGGAGGAUGACUUUAUUCUGAUGUCAGUAGGACUAGUAUUUUGUUCUGGUAGCAAGAGCAAGAUAUGAAUUGGUCCCAUUAGAAUGUUAACUUAGAAACCAUUGCUAAUUUUGCAAAUGUGUAAAAAAAUAUUUUGUAUUUUUUCUUUAUAAAAAAUAAAGUAGCUACCAAAGACUGA